GGGUUUUGCGUGGACAUCCGACUGUUCAAUGACAUCGCGACGUACUUUGACCGAAGUUUUGUGAUAAUUCGGAAAUACCUGCGAUUUGGAGUGUGACGUGUUGUUCAGUGAUCAAUUGCUUUACCGAAGUUAUUUGAUAUGGGAAAUAAAUCGAGUCUGCUGCUGAGGGAGGAGGAAAUAGCACAGAUACAGGAGGCAACUGGCUUCACCCCCAAUCAGAUUGAACGCCUCUACAGCCGCUUCACGAGUCUAGAUCGUGGUGACUGUGGUACACUGUCACGGGAAGAUUUCCUGAGGAUACCAGAAUUAGCGAUAAAUCCACUGGGGGAGAGAAUCGUCAACGCCUUCUUCGAAGAGAGCGGAAAUGAUCGAGUGAACUUUCUACAGUUUAUGCAGGUGUUGGCACUCUUCAGGCCCAUCAAGAAGAACAGCACCAACAGACUGAACUCGAGACAGGAAAAAUUACGAUUUGCAUUCAAGAUGUACGACUUGGACAACGAUGAUAUGAUAUCAAAGGACGAAUUGAUGGCUAUUUUACACAUGAUGGUUGGUGCCAAUAUCAGUGAGGAGCAACUGUCGAGUAUUGUAGAGCGUACGAUUCUAGAAGCUGACGAGAAUGGAGAUAAUAUGAUAUCAUUCGAUGAAUUCUGCAAAGUCCUUGAGCGAACUGACGUUGAGCAGAAAAUGUCCAUACGAUUUCUUAGCUAGAUUGAAUUACUCUAAACUAAUGAAUCUUAAAUAAUUGUGCAUAGAAUACAUUUUUGUAAAUAGACCUUUAUAUAAUACUAUCCUCUCCAACAAUUUCCAACUAGACCGACGCCAUAAUUGUAACUCAUCCCCCAGAAAAAAAAUUGCAUUGUGUUCUCCCCUUAAAUUAAGUACUAAAUUCUUACAUUAAUUUAUUACAAGUGCAGUGAUUUUCAUUGAAAAACUAAUGAGUGAAAGCAUGUAUUGAGAAAUAAAAAAAUAAACAGUUUGAAUGUUUAUGGUUUAA